AUGCCAGCCAAGCAAGUAAAGGUCAAACCGCCUGCGUUCUUUCUCGCCGGAGACUCAACGACUGCUGUGCAGGCAAUCAAUGGUGGAGGCUGGGGCAAUGGCUUCCUCAACACAACCCUACACAACGGUGCUACGGGCAAGAACUUCGGCCACAAUGGAGCAACCACAGUAUCGUUCCGUGCAGGUGGCGACUGGGCCAAUGUUUUGAGCGCGGCUACGGCCGCAGUACCAGAAUUCACACCUUAUGUGACUAUACAAUUCGGCCACAACGACCAGAAGCCCGAGAAGAACAUCAGCAUGGCACAACUCACUGACAACUUGGUCGCUUUUGUCAAUGAAGUACGCGCAGUAUCUGCUACGCCGAUCCUCGUUACUAGUCUGAGCAGACGCCGUUUCAAUAACGCCACCGGUCUAGUGACGGAAAAUUUGGCUGAUGUAACGGCUGCGGCGAAAGAUGCUGCGAAAAAAAGUGGCGCAAAGAUCAUUGAUUUGAAUGCUGCGAGUACCAAGUACUUGAACGCAAUUGGGGCAGCGAAUGCUGCGACAUACAAUCUUGCCCCGGCGGACUUUACGCACUUGAACAACGAGGGAAGCGUGGUGUUCGGUAACCUAGUAGCUCUUCUCAUCAGUGAACAGCUGCCUGAGCUGAAGAAGUGGGUGAAGGCGGAGGAAGGGAUUUCGAAGGCACUAAAGAAAGGUCAAUAUGUGUUUCGGGAAUUCAUUCAUGUGUAG